UAAGUUAGGUCCCAUAUAAUGCUCCUUUUUAAUUCUCCAUACUCACCUGUUCCAAGUAUGACUUCUCCAUCAAUAACACAACAACAUCCAACAGUUAAGUAAAUCUGCUUUGCCAUAGUAAUAUGUGGAUCAUAUUAGUAAAUCUGCUUUGCCAUAGUAAUAUGUGGAUCAUAGAGGUAAACUCAUGAUGUCUAAAUACAUCAUCAUGCAUCCUAUGGAACUUGUAAAUGUUAGUUUCUAGACACUGGUGCUACAAAUCAUGUCACUAGUUCAUCAAAUAUUUUUGGUAGAUGUACCGCAUCCAUAAUGUUUUCAUUACUUUACCUAGUGGUUUCAAAACCACUGCUACACAUCCUGAAACUGUGAAGUUAGUAUGUGGAUUGAUGGCUGUGGUUUUGCUUUGUUGGUCUUUGCAAUUAAUCUUUUUUUGCCUUCAAUUGAGGUCAGCACCUACUGUGUGUUGCUUUUUGACCAUUAAACCUGCCCCUAUGUUGUAGGUAUGCCGCCACUGAAGAAGAAGAAGGCUGCUACUGACAAGGCAGUGCCGAUCCCGGAUUUUUACCGGGCGACAAGAUCAGGGAGGGUGCGGCAAGAACCUGCUCGGUCCACCGAAUCUGUAAGCGGGGGUAGUAGACGUCGAGCUGGAGCCUCAGUGAAUGAGGAUACUCAACGCACAGACACUUUGAAUCCAGACGAACCCAAUGGCAAUGAUGAUUCCGAGGCAGAAGCAUCCAAUCAUGAGACCGGAGAAGGUAGUAAUCCAACUGGAUUGGAAGCACCUGCGGCUAAAAAGAGGGGACUGUCCAAAGGGUACGAGAUAAUGAAGAGAACCGGAACUGGAGGAAAGAUAGAUGGAAUCUACGUAAUGGAGAAUGGGCAGUCAUUCGUAGGGCCUAAUGAGAGCUUGUUGAAGACAGAGUUGGGCGUCGUUACACGCCUGAUGGCCCCGAUACGGAAGUACUACUGGUCCAAGUUGACUGAAGCAGACAAGCACCCAUUAUUCAAGAAGCUAGAGGAUGAAUUUGACAUAGACACGGCAGGAGCAGAUGCAAGGAAGAUUAUGGAGAAGAGAAUGAAGAAGCGGUUCAUCAAUUACAAGUAUGCGAUGCACGCUCACUACUAAAUUCAACAUAGUAAAAAUUCAACAACACUCAAAUCAUUCACAUAACAUCAACUUAAAUCCAUCAUAGUUAAAAAUUCAAGAACCCUUAAAUCCACCACUCUUAAAUCCAUCACAAAACAUCAACUUAGAAUUCCAAAUAACAAAAGAAAAGUACUCAAUCUUCAAAGAUAAAGCUAUCCAUCUCCAUCUCCAUUGCAUCAACAAGAUGAGAAAUGUCGAAGUCAAUUUCAUCAGUAAUAUCAUACUCAAAGUCCUCUGCAUCAAAACGUGAAAUCACAUAUUCAUAAUUAUCACCAAUUAGAAGAUAGUUAUUAUAAGAAUAGACUUUUCUAUAGUUGCUAUAAUAGGCAAACCUUCAACACGAGGACGCUUGUUGGAAGAUGAUGAUGAUCCUUGCUCCUCCUCCUCCUCCUCAUAAAGAGUCUUUUCGAGCUCUUCAUAGUCUAUAUCUGCAGGUGGAUCUUCUUCUACAAUCCAAAAAUCAAUGUUAUCUAAUUGU